AUGUCUUCACAGCCCACGUCUAGCGAUAACAUCACGCGUGAUGUCCCUAACAACAUCGCUGGUGACAAUCACGAUGCCUCCACCCAGACGAAGAACGAAGAACAACAAAACACCAACCCACAACACCCCAAAGAAAAGAACGCUGUCUCUGAAACCACCGUGGACGGACAACACUCCGAGAAUCACAAUGCCAUCACAGACGAUGCCACCCACCCCAAUUCCCCCAAGCCGAACAUGACACGAGCCAAUUCAGAUGAGACCAUCCAGCCUACUUCUCCCGACCCCGACCCCACUCUCCCCGAGGAGAUAGAGAACGGCAUCAACGCAGCCCGACUGACGAUGGCGCAGUUCGACCAACGCCUCACCAAACUCGAGGCUGGAGUCGAACAUCUCCAGCAGCAGCUCCAGGACCAAGCCGCGCGCACCCAACAGCUGGAGGCCGAAGUCUUCCGCCUGAUUCGAACCGCGGACAGUCAGAACGUGAGCAUUCUUCAGAUCUUCCAGCGCAUCGAAGAGUGGUAUUGGUUUCGCUAG